ACACAACUUCCGUUUCUGAUGCAUUUGAAAAAAAGUCGAACGAAGGAGCGAAGACCUGGUCGCAUCUCGACGGUUGAAGCUGAGGGCCAUGGCUCGCGGGCAGCAGAAGAUUCAGUCCCAGCAGAAGAACGCCAAGAAGGCGGCGGAGAAGAAGAAAGGUCAGGCAGCUGACCAGAAGACUGCAGCCAAGGUGGCGCUGGUCCACACCUGCCCCGUCUGCAGGACCCAGAUGCCUGACCCCAAGACCUUCAAGCAGCACUUUGAGAGUAAACAUCCCAAGUCCCCGAUGCCUCCUGAGCUGGCAGAUGUGCAGGCAUGAAAGACCCCUGACUGGACUUGGACCUACAUGAGAUGGACAAAGACCACGGAUUAGAGGCUGCUUCGCUGCACCUGAAGGACGCUGACAAACACUGGGACCCGACAGUAUUCACGGACUGCGGAAGGAGACGGAGGGAGGGGGACGGAUGUGUUUAUAUGCUGUGUACGUACAUGGGUGUUUGUGCAGGAGAAAACGGUAACAAUGGGGCAGACGUACACCAGCAGGUUUUUUUUUUUUAAUAUAUAUAUACAUAUUUAUUAUGUACAACUACCUUGCUUUUCCAGUUGGGGUGGGAGGAAAGAAGGGGGAUUUCCCAGAAAGCAGAACCAGCUCCAUUAUCUGCUGACACCGUACAAAUGAUCCUGUGAUUAAUGAUGGGGGAAGUUUAUUUAAAGGAGGGAAAGAUGACUGCGCAGCGAUUGAAAUACUGUCGUCGUUUGUGACAGAUUCCCUCACUCGCACACAGACGUGGCAGCGCUGUGUGGCUAAACCUUUGCAACUCCAAACAUCUUCCACAAGCGAGAUUAGAGCCGCUUUUUCAUGGUCAUUAAGCGUUUUUAAAAUGUCAAACAUCCCAGCCUUGAAACCCAGAUAUUUAUGGCAUUUGGAUCCACAGCUUUGCCCCCUCUGUGCUGCUACUAACUCACAGGUGUCUCGCGUUCAGCAACACCUAACAACUGUACCUCACGUUGCACCACACAGCUACUUCACCUUUUGUAUAAAACUCUUAAAUGACUGCAGUUUUUUUUUCUUUUUUUCUGGGCAGAAACCCCAUCUUUCCUCCUUUUUAAGUUACAUGGGACAUGAUUUUUUUUUUUUU